GACGUGAUUGGGUGGAUUAGUGUGACGCAGGGGACAUGAAAAAGCUGAUAACUAGUUAAGAAGGCAGUUUGUAACUCUGGAAAAAGAGUGCAGAGCUUUGAGACGCCUUUUACGCGCAGGACGUGGCGCGCAAAUUUACGCACAGAGAGAGCUGAGCCGUCUUGGCGGUGAGGAGCUGGGAAGCGCGCUUUUUGGUGGGGGGGGAAGCAAGGGAAAAAGGGGGGAUGGUGCAGCACACGGACAAUAACAGCGAGACGGAUGGGAGCAUGUCCAGGGAGGCGACGGACACGGAGGAGAGUGAAUUUAUGGCGUGCAGCCCCGUGGCGAUCAACCCGGACUGGUGCAAGACGGCCACCGGGCACAUCAAGAGACCCAUGAACGCCUUCAUGGUCUGGUCCAAGAUCGAGCGGAGGAAGAUCAUGGAGCAGUCGCCGGACAUGCACAACGCGGAGAUCUCCAAGCGCCUGGGGAAGCGGUGGAAGAUGCUGAAGGACAGCGAGAAGAUCCCGUUCAUCCGGGAGGCGGAGCGGCUCCGGCUCAAGCACAUGGCCGACUACCCCGACUACAAAUACAGACCCAAGAAAAAACCAAAGCUGGACGCCUCCAAGUCCUCGGCGCCGUCCCCGGAGAAGUGCGCAAAGCUGGCAAAGACGCCCAGCAAGAAGUGCUCCAAGAUGAAGAAGAGCGGCUCCAAGUCUGCGCACGCCUACGGCGAGGACUGCGUCUUCAAAGUUGCGAAAGCCGUCAAAAGUGAGCUGUCGGACGAGGACGACGACGACGACUACGAGGAGGACUACCGGAUGGGGAUUAGGCGCGUGGAGGAGGAGCGCCUGCGGCCGUACAAUGUAGCCAAAGUUCCCGCGAGCCCAACUUUGAGCUCCUCUGCGGAGUCCGAGGGCGCGAGCAUGUACGAGGAGGUGCGGAGCCACAACAGACUCUUCUACAACAUCAAGAGCAAGCAGGGCAAGCAGAGCGCGGCCGCCUCCGUCUCACCAGCAUCCUCCCGGUCGGUCUCCACAUCCUCAUCCUCCUCCUCCUCCUCUUCCAGCAGCAGCUCCUCUUCCUCCUCCUCUGGAGAGGACGCGGACGAUUUGUUGUUUGACUUUAGUUUGAAUUUCGCUCCCAGCGCGCCGGGAUCAGAGCUGGGGAAUUCCGGGAACCUGUCCCUGUCUCUGGUGGAUAAGGACCUGGACUCUUUCAGCGAGGGCAGCCUGGGCUCCCACUUUGAAUUCCCAGACUACUGCACGCCGGAACUCAGCGAGAUGAUCGCAGGGGACUGGCUGGAGGCGAACUUUUCAGACCUGGUCUUCACAUACUGAAGAAAAAAAAUGUAAAAACUGUUCUUUAAGUAAUAACAGAAGGGAGAUUUGAAUUUUGCCCAGCCUCCUGCAGGGGUUUUUGGGUACUUUUGGAGAGUCCUGGAGAAGAGAUGCUUCUGAUUUCAAAAAUAUUAAAAAGACAAAAAAAGUGCAGACAUUUUCUUGUUUAAUCUGGCAGCAUGACAGAUGGAUUUUAUUCCCUCCCAAUCUGCAAUUUUUCAUCAUAAAUGAGACAAAAACCAGAAACUUCUUCUAUGCAUCUCGAAAAAAAAAUAACAUCCAAACUGCAGGGAGCUGAACACGGACCGUGGACUGUCUCAAAAAGCAAAUCUGUGAACUUUACAACCUGUUCUGAUGUAAUUUCUAACAUUUUUUUAUAUUUUUUUUCUACCUGAUUCUGUUUACCUCCUGGUUUUUAUGGUAAAAAAAAAAAAGACGCCGAACAGGGAAGGAGGAGGCAAACACGGAGGAAACAUUUUGAUACAUAACAGACCUCAUCUUUUUAAAAGAAAAGUAAGAUAUUUUCAGGCAUAUUUUUGUACAGUUCCAAAAAAAGGGAAUGUUCUUACUGUGCUUUCAGUGAGUUUCAGGCACUUCUUCCCUUUAUGGUUUUUUGUUUUCUUCUUCUUUUGGAGCAUGCAAGGGAGUCCUGGUUUUAAGGAUUAAGUUAAGUUAAGACUUGCAUCAAAAAUGCCUUGUGAUUUUACAGUUUUUGUACAGUUGUAGAGCAGAUUUGUUGAGUAUUUGUAGACAAUACAAUGGCAUCAUGGGGGAACACAUACCUCAGAGCUGGAACUAGUUUCAAGAUUGUAUAUGUAAUGUAAUAUAGUAAAGUUAGGAGUUUAUGUAUAUCAUACUCGUGAUAUGUGGAUGGGUCCCAAUCGCAGGUGUGAAACUGGAUUUUUUUUUAAUGGCACAUACUGUUUCUCCCCCCAUCCCUUCUUUUUUUCUCAUUUUUUUGUGCAAUAUAUACUCUCGAGAUACAGACCAUCAACAUUUGUAGCAAAAAAUAACAGACUCGUGCACUGUCGUGUGAUGCUGAAGAAGCCUGUCCAAGGGGAGGAAAGUAACAACAAAAAAAUCAGCUGGAACUGAUAGGAAACCUUUCAAAAUAAAAGAUUCCAGCUUGAAUCUGAAUUAAAGCAAAGAGAGUCUGAUUCUAGUGGUGGUCUGAUGGUUUAGCAAAUAAUAAUAAUGAAAAAAAAUAUAUUAAAAAAAGAACAUUCCAUAGUUCCUGUUUCAUUAAAUGAAACUUUUAUUUUGAAACUGAAGACUGCCUUCUUUUUUUAAAGACAUUUACCACAAACCUGUAUUUUUUAUUUCUUGCACUUAAGAAAAUUUAUUUUUAUGUGGGUCUUACCAUAUGAAGUCAGUUUGAUAAAGAAGCAGUUUUUUUUUUUUUUGGAAUAUGACCUAAUUAUAUGCCCAGACCUUUUUUUUUUAAUUUGUUGGAAGUUCUAGGCAGUAGUUACUUCACAUUCCAAGUGUGAAUCUGUCUUUGACUCAUCUUUUUAAUAAAAAAAGAGGAAAAAAAAGUACCUACCACCAUUGACUGUCCUUUCAGUUUGUGAAUAUCUGUAGACAAAUGUGUUCUUUCCUGCAUUUGAGGAUGUGAUGACAGAAUGAUGCCUAUUUUGUAUGUAGGUGGAUACUCUUUAAUGGGUGGGCUCGAAAUGUGUUAAUAAAAAGGAGGACAAGGAGUUUUGAGCUAAGUGUUGA